AAGGUCUGCUGCCCUCUCAGGUUGGAUCCAGCCCAGGCCGGCCCAGCGGCUCCAAUGCCUGCCUCCGCCGUCGCCGCCGCCGCUGCAGCCGCUACUCCGCGAAGAGCUGGGGAUCUGAGCCGGGGAGGAUCCCCCGGCCCUGGGAGACACUUCGCGCUCCUCCUCCUUCUCCAGGUGAGCAUGUGACUCGGCGGCAGGAGCCCGGCCUCCACUCCGCCCUCUCUCUGCCAGCCCCAGGAAGAGGAUCGUCCGUGACCCGGGCUACCACUCUGCAGGGGGCGGGGGCGGGAGAAAGCGAGCAGGGCCAGCGCCCCCGACAGCGGGAGCAGCGGGAGCCGGCCUGGGCUCGUAGCGGGCGGCUGCUAGCCGUCGCCCCCCCCCCCCCGCUCACUUGCUCCUCAGUCGUCUCCUAAACUCUCACGAGGCGCGACCUCCAGGCCCAAUUUAGGGCAGCCAGAUUUGUAAUGUUUUAUUUUGAAAUCUUUUAAGAUAAUAUUUUAGUUUUCUGUUAAUUACGUUGCUUUGACUGUAUACUCUAUAUUUGACUUUCUUCAGAUUGUUUUAUUGAUGCUUUAAUAGUCUGUAAACCACUUUGAGAUUUUUCUUUAAAAUAUAAAGCGGUAUAGAAAUGAAAUUAAUAAUAAUAAUAAUUUGCAAAGGCUGGCUCUUUAUAUGCCAACAAAUGCCAGAGCAGUUGGACGACCCUGCUGCUGGGGUUGGCAUUCCAAAGUCCUGUUACCUUGCAGAGGAGCCGGCUUGCCCAGCAAUAAUCUGUAGCAGGCAAUGUUAUUGUUGUACUGAAUGGGAGUUGGAUUUAGCAAUACUGACAUGGCAGUCUACCCUAUGGGCAGUGGAAUAGCCUCGCCUUUGCCCUGGGUGCAUAGGACUCCCUUUCAAAACAUGAAAGGGAGCCACCUUCCUUCCUCCCAAUCCCUCGUUUUUUGUUUUUGUUUUUAAAAAGACCUGCCUUUUUCAUGAAGCUUUUCAACCCUCAGCCCUCAAUUUACUAUGAUGGGGCUGGGGAAAUACUUUGGUCAAGGGUGCGCCUCUACUUUUAUUACUCUGUAAAGCAGCGUGUUAUAUUGAUGUACAUAUUAACGAUAAUUUAGUACAGUAUUAGUUGAACAAUUUAGGUAGCUACAGCCAGGCGUGGGAGGGGUUCUGUGUAUCUGCUUUUGAGGAGUGAUGAUGGAACUAAUGCUCUCUCAGACCUGUCAGUCUUAGGCCUUGAUUAUCACUGGGAAGCCAGCUUAGUGCGGCAGAGGUGUCCACUGGGAAAGCUGACCAUGGUUACAUAAUAAUGCUGGAUGCUAUGAAGAGAGGACUUGGCAAGUUCAGGAUUUUGUUCUGAUCUCUGGUGUCAAUUACCAUUCUGGCCAACCCCAAAUGGGGUCACACACAUUCAAAUCCAGGUGUCGCUUUCUCAGGCUGUUAGUGCCAUCAAGAAUGUUGGAUAUGUCAUACCUAUCCUACUUCUUCCAUUAUAUCUCUUAUCUUAUAACUCUUCCUUUGAAGGUAAUGCUGCAUUGGCGAAUGGUGCAGCUAGGUAAUUUUAGACCUUUUGGACUUAAUUACCUUUCUGAAGUAUGUGUGAGUUGCGUGUGUGGUUUAGAUAGUUGUGUGUAUACCUCAGUUGAAGUACACAAUUAACGUGCCUCUUCUCAACCCAACUGCCAUCAGUGCCUUACAACUGCUAUGAUGUUGAAGCAAGAGAGAGAAAACUUUGCUAAUCCAGAUACUAAAAAGAAAUAAAAAAGAGCAUGCAGAGUUUUGCUUUUUGAAAACUUGAGCACUUAAAUCAUAGCACCAUCAUAACUAUGGGAAUAGUGUUGCCCUGAUGCAGAAUGCAUUUGCUAGGAAAUAAGCAGUUUUGUUGUAGAAAAGGAUAAUGUAUUUUAAAAGCAACAAAUGUCCUUAUUUAUUUAAAAUCUUUACAUGCUGUUUUUAAUUUGAAACCACGAUGGUGUAUUUUUUAAAAAUACAUGAAAAAUACAUUACAGUAUAAAAUAAAGCAGCAGUUGAUAGGCCAGGGCAGACAUAACUUAAAAAAAUAAAACCAACAUAUAUAAAUAACCAGCAAAGGUCUGAGAAAAUUAAUUAGUUUUUAGUAAAUGCCGAGACAACAUUAGUGUUGGUGCUUUCCAUUAGUUCAGAGGGCAAGCUUUCUCUGACCUUUGCUCAGGGGAAAAGAUUAGAUGUGCAUAUUUAUCCUACUGAAAAACACCCUAAUCAUUUGCACACUGUAAGCAUUAAACGUCCUGGAAAUGUACUGUAAUUGUUCAUUCUUUAGCACUGGAGAUGGGACUUCUUUAUGAAGGUGGCAAUGAUAACCAGCAAAGACAGCAGACUUCUGAAAGAUAAAUAGGUGGAGCGGGAUGCUGAGAUCUAUCCAUUCCACCACUAACACCAAACCACAAUGAUCCCUGUCCUGAUCACUGCAUUCCUCCUCCUCCUCCAAGUGCAUUGCAGUUCGCGGGUAGGUGGGCGGAUACGUGUGAGAACCGCUGCCAUAAUUUAUACUUGGAGCGUGGAUCGCUAAAACGAUUUCCUCACAGAAACCAGAGGUCUGAGUGUUUCCUUCCUUGGAUGCACGUGUUUUGCCCGCUUGCCUGGUAUUUUUAGGCCUCCUAAAGCAAAUGGAAAACAAUUCUGCAUCUUGGCACUAAGCCGCCGUUUCUAAUAACAAAAUCAUAAAAGUGCGUGCGGCAUUCUUUGUAUAUCCGGGGAUGGCAUUCCGAGAAUGAAGAGCCUCUACGUCUCCAGCAGACGCAACGCAGCGCUCUCCUCCCCCUCCUUCGAGCGCGUGGAAGCCUGUUCGCAUCGGAGGGAUGGUUGUGUGAAGCCGCAUUGAGCUUCACUUCUGCGCUUCCCGCGUGUUGCGCGCCCUCUUAACGCAAAGCAACACCCACCCCUUCCGUGACCCGGCCUAAGGCGCCCGCCCUGACCUUUGACAGGCCUCCCUUCGGGCUGCGCCCCUGCCUUUCCACGGCCCUCCCCGCGAACUGCGCCCGUUGCUGGAGUGGCCUCUUGCCACGUGAUGCCCACUUUGCCCCUGUCGUUUUCACACGUGACAGAGGGGACGCGCACGCGCGCUGUGCUCUUCUCGCCUGCCUUGCUAUUCUCCGCUUUAUCAUGGCGGCCGGAGGGGCUGAGGUGGACGUGGGGGCGGACGCGUCCCUGUUGCCGGGCUGGGAGCGGGAAGGCGCGGCCAGAGAGGCGGCGGAAGGUGCGUGUGGGGAUGGGGCGGAGGGCAGAGGCCGGGGCCGGGGAGCAGGCGGCGGGCUCCGGCAGUGCCACGGGCGGGGCGGGAGGGGAACCGAAACGGCGGUUCGAGGGGUGGUCUGCGGGGACGGAGGAGGAGGUGAGCUUAGGUGUCAGGGAGAAAGAUCGCCCAGUUGGAUCUGUGCUCAGGAUCGGAAUUCACUGUCGGAAUUCAUUCGAGAGAGUGUGUAAAGGAAUGCAAACGAGAUUCUCUGGGCGUGUGCAGAGUGCCUCUGCCUAACUUCAUUCCAUCCACCCACAUCGGGAUCAUGCGUACUGGCAUUAAUUAGGGCUAGUCGGGCAUGCGGUAACGGUGGGCGCAUGCAGGGUGUUGAUCGGGCGAGGCAGUGUGACGCACGGCAUUAAUUAGGGGCAAAGUAACGAGCUGUUUCGCCUCCUGAAGAUUAUUUCAGAGACGAUAAUGAGCUGGACGCGUGUGUUGAGGUUGGGUAUGAGGAGGCUGCUGUGGGCAAGGCUGACUAGAGAUAAAAGCAUAUGUUUGUUUGCAGGAAUGUACUUUUCCAGGGGAUCAGAUCAGCAGAGAGCCCGACCUGGGCAUACUCAAUAUAAUUUCCUGUUUCCUUGACCUGUUCUUUUCUACCAUUCAUUAAUCUAUUUCCUUUGCCUGUACUGUAAAACUAUGAAAAGAUAGGGAAACCUAACCUUAAUCACCUUAAAAAUACAAGAGAAGAACGAAUCAUUUAAAGUCUGUUAAAGGAUUUUGAAUGUUCUUGAGUUUCCAUCAUCAUGAAGAGGCAUACUUCCUGGAAACACUGGCUUGUUUACUUAACGUUUUAUAAGAAAAUAUGGGUGGUUUAUCAUAAUUCAGAUGACUAUUUGUGGUGUGAUAGCCACUUAGGAAUUCAUCAUGAUGUAGCUGCAGCUGUAUGAAAAGCUGCUUUACCAUGUUUCCACAUGAAGGCAAGUUAACCCAUAUAACUCUCUGAGGAGACUCCUAGAUUUCAGGACUCCUAGAUUUCUGAGGGGUGAGUGGUACUUGUAAGGCUGUUUGUAGCACAGCUACAGCUUUUGCCAAUGCUGCAAACUUUAGCAGCAUUAGUGAAGUUCAUAAUAGGUAUUGCAAGUGUAGACCUGCAACAAAAUUUGAUAAUUUAUGGUAAGGCAUGUAAUAUAAAUAGGGACCAAAAAACAAACUAAACACAUUGUUUUCAUUUAAAUACUCACUGUGGCCUUCUGAAAAACAUUCAUGGAAAUGGAAGAAGAUGGAAGAACAAAGAGUGAAGUUUUAAACUUUUCUCUUGUCAAUCAUCCAUGCUUCCUCAUCCUGACCUAACUAAGGAGAUCUGUGUAUGGAAACAAUGAUCCACAUGGAUAUCUCUAACUCUCACUGGAUCAGGGACUGUGUGAAUGAGAUGACAUCCACAUGUAGAUGUCAUCUGCAUUUAGAUGUUUGUACUAUUUAUUCCAACUUCAUGAACCAAGAAAUUAUGCUUGCACAGAUAGAUCUUCAGUUAACUCCCAACUCCAGAGGCUAUGGGCAUUGUGUUUCUGUGUGCUGCUUUCUGUUGCCAGUGUUGCAGAGCAGCAUGGGGGCAUUGUGCAUGUGCAGCCCUUGAACCCUGCUUGUGUUUUGGAAGAGCUGAGGAUCUUUAAAGACAAACCCAAUAUUGUCUUGCACAUCUCAGGGUCCCCCAGUAUAUAAGAACCUGUCACUGCCUUCUCUUUGGGCUCAUUUUGGCAUCCAAUGUGUAUGCAUACGGGACACCACCUUUACUAAUGGGAAUAAUGAUAUACUGAACAUAGUUAACACAUCUGAACUUGCCCCAGAUACUUCUGAGAAGAGGACAGGAGUGCAGUAACUUUUAAACAACCUUCCUUUUAAGCAACACAGGCUCUCCAAAUUAGGUUCUGGACCAGCCUUCAAGUAUAGAGGUGUUCUUGGAAAUAUGGUUCUCCUGGCUUUCUGAACGGCUUCCUAAGAAAAUAAAUCUUGCAGCUCUUUAAUUAGUACGCCUUGUACUUUUGAGAGUGAGAUGCUGAUAAAAAGAAUAGAAUGCAGGAUUUAUAAUUGGUUCAUUCACGCUGCUCUUUCAGUACUCCAUCAGCUGUUUUAACAAAUUGUGCCAAACUUGAUUGAAGAUAUUCUGUACUCCCAUGCUGUCUCCUCCCACCUCCCCAUUCUAAUUCUAAGAGAGAUAGUAUUUUCAAGCGACAGGUUGUUUCAUGCCUUUAUCUAGCGAAAAUGAAGGAGGCUGCUGGACAGCUCUCCCCACUGCUAAUGAGGUGAUUUGAGAACUGCUCAGCAGGGAUGGGAUGGUUGCCACUGACUUCUUGAUUUGCAGUUUCUGAACUUAAACUUUGGAAUAACUUAAAAUAAGUUUUCAAAAUUAAAUUUAAACAUCGAAAUUUGUGAAAUGUGGGUGGCAGUUUAAAUUUCCGUGGUAGAACUUCUUUUUGUAAACCACUUUGAGAUUUUUCUGCCAUCAAGUGGUAUAUAAAUGUUAUGAAAUAAAUAAAUCAUCUGCAUCUGGAUGAAAUUUUGCAUCAUUUAAAAUGUAUUGUGCAACUCUACAAAUUAAGCUGUCUGUGCAACAUAGGCAAAUGGUCCAGAGAUACAUACAUACAUACAUAAUGUCACUAGGAGAGCAGAUGACUAAAGUCAUUUGAAAUUUUGGGAAGCUUUAGAUAUAAAAUGUAUUGGCUAUAUAGUGUAAUUUUAAGCAAACUUACUCAGAAAUAAGUCUCAUUGGACUCUUUGGGGUUUACUUCCUAAUAAGUGUGUUUAUCAUCACAGCCAUAAUCUGAGGUCAAGCAGCUGUUGUCCUUAAGUGAGCACUCAAGUGACAAAGACAUACAGCUCCAUAGACCCAAGCAGCCACUGCCUUUUCAGGCUCAUUACAGCCCUUUGCGAUAAGGGCUCUCCCGAUGCAGCCAACUCACUGCUCCUGGACUCCUGCAGGGAUGCAAAGUCCUCAUGUUUGGAGUUGCCAGCAGGGAUGCAGCAACACAGUGCAGUAUAAUGACAGGUGCCCUUUCCUCUUUGUCACUGGGAAUGCAGGUGAGUGCUCAACUGAAUUGAGCAAAGGAGGGCAGCUACCCAUAAACUGCUAAUCACAAGGUUGAUUAGGACAGAAGCUGACCGGGGCUUUUUCCUCUGGUGUAAAAAGAAAGUGUAUUAUGCUACUGUUUAGGGUUGGGGACAGGGUUAAGCAAUGUUUGCCUUGAGUCACCUGUGUAUCCCAGUCUUUCAAACAGGUGUAUACAAACACGUGCAUUUUUGCUUGUGUAAGAGGUUGUUUGAAUAGUGAUCUGGCAGGCUACUUUCCCUGGAGAAUGCACUGUCCCCAGACGAAAAGCUAACUAAGUCAACUGUGCCUUGCUCACUGCCAGCAGUUGUUGCUGUGCUUCUGUAUGCUGUCUUUGUGAUUUCUGUAGCACUCGAUAAGCUUUUAAGUAGCUGUAUGAGCACCUGCUUAAUUAAGUCUUACUUGGUCCAAGGCAUAUUAAUUAAAUUAACUGCACAGUAUCUCAGAGAUGUGUCAGUACUAGCUUGAGAACUGAUGUUCCUUUGACAUUCACUUUUGCAAUUAGAUCGCUUUACAAAUAGUUGGGAAAGGUUGCCUGUCUCACUAAGGGCCUAGAGCAGGGGUGGGCACCCUGACACUUCCUAAAAUUUCUGGAUUCCAUCUGUCCCAUCCAUCAUGCCUAAUGGUUAGGGGUGAUGGGAAUUUUAGUCUAGAACAUUUGGAGACCACGUGGUUAUCUACCGCUAGCCAAGAGAGGCAGUAUGCUUCUUGGCUAUCAUUUUCCUGGCUGGAAGAAGCACUGCAAGGAAUCUUAGCUAACCCUUCCAUUUUCAAAAGACUAGGACAGACAGACUAGCACGGUGUUUCUUGGGUGUGGUGGGGGAAGAGCACAGUAGUGGGGAAGCAGAGAUGUGGAGGCAAAUGCAUCUUCCCACUCCUUUUCCUGUAGAUUAAAUGCUUUUCAAUUUGUGAUAAGAAGUAUAAGAAACUGCCUUAUACCAAUUGAGCCAUUGUUCCAUACAAGGAAAAGGUCCAUUUAACUGGAUAUGCCUGGAAGGAAAUUUGGGACCUUCUGUAUGCAGAUCAUGUGCUCUGCCUCUGAGCUGUGCAAACAAGAAAGGCAAGUUGCACUGUACCUGAAACAUGGAUUCCCAUGUCUAAAUUUGUUUUAAGAAGUGCUGGUUAGUUUGGUGUAACUAACUACCUGUCGUGAUUUAACCUUUUGAUACUUCCUUUUUCUUAGGAGUAAAAGCUGGAACCUGCACCAUCUUAGAUGUUGUUGAAAACUUGGGGUAAGUAGAAGAUUGUGCAACAGCUUACUGCUCUGGGAUGUAUGUAUGCCAGUGUCGAGGAUGACUCUUUGCACCACUGCAACAGCAUUAGAAUUUUGUUGUUCAGUGCUUAAUGCCUGCCUGAUGGAUGUCCUUUGUCCAUGCUGGGCAAAAUUCCAUUCAGAUAAAAUGACUUACAUGAUUAGGGUAUCCUGAAACUUUGGAAUAGCAUUAUGGGUUUGGUGGUGAUAAUGUGUAGCAUUUUGCUACCCUGACAUUGGGAUCAAUUUCAGCUGCAUUGCAUAACUCAAGGUUUUGGACUACAUGCUUUCAGGUCUUCCCAGUAUUUCCCUUGCAAUCUGGGAGAGCAAAGAAGAAUAUCUUGACACGUCAGUGUUCUUUAAACAACUGCAAACAUUGUUCUUUGUGUAUGUAUCUCAGAUAGUGAAGAAGCAUUUUAACCAUUAAUCUAAUUUGUGCUUUGGGUUCAUUACUGUGGUUCCCACCAACCUUUAAUUCCUUGGAAUUUAAACCAGGCAUAGGGAGCCUUUGGCUCUCCAGUGUUGUUGGACCACAGCAGCCUUCAUCAUCCCUGACCAUGGCCCAUCCUGGCUGAGACUGGUAGGCGCUGAGGUCUUAGAACAACUAGAAGGCCGCAGGUUCCUGAUCCCUACCUUAAACUGUAUAGCAGUCUUCCAUCGGCAGUAAUGUGCCAGUAGCUGAUGCUGAGCAUAUUGCGGCAGGGUUAGACAUCAGCACAAGCUACCAUGACAAAGUGGUUGGCUACAAAAUCCAAGUCAUAGGUUGCAUUCAGAUAUUGCUUUAAUUGCGAUACUUUUGGGGCCAUUCGGUGAAGAGUGGGCUGUAAGUACAAAUUAAAAAUAAAUAAGCAAAUCAAUUUAGAUUGAGCCUAGCCUCCCCACAGACUUCACACUACCUGCCCCCCACGCCUCAUUCGGCACGGUCACCACUUCAUUGAAAACUUUCACUUCAGUUUUAGAUUAAUCAUGGUUUAGUAUGUCAUGUGAACCCAAAACUGUAGUUAAUCUUAAUAGUUAGUGAAAACAAGCCAACUUCAUUAACUGUGAUUUGAAGCUGGCUUGUUUCCACUUCUCACAGUGAAGAUUAACCACAGUUUGUCAAGGUUUAAGUGAUGCAGCAAGCUUGUAGUUAAUCAAGAAGAGAAGCCAAAGCUUCUGAACUCCUGUUGCCCAGACAAUGGUCAGAUGAUGGAGCAUGUGAGCCUGGUGGGGCCUAGGCUCCAUUUCCCUAAAGCUACACAAGCCCAAACAAGCCAAUAAAUCAUGAUGUCCUGGACAAAAGGGAGGAAGCCAAACAUAUAAUGUAGGGACAUAGGAAUCUGCCUUGGGCAGAGUCAGAUCAUUGGUCCAUCUAGCCCAGUUGUGUUGACAGUGACUGGCAUUGGCUUUCUGGGGUUUCAGGCAGGGAGUUUUCCCCAGCCUUACCUGGAGAAGCUGGGGAUUGAACCUGGGACCUUCUGCUUGCACAGCAAGUGCUCUUCCACUGAGCUACAGCCUUUCUCCUAAUCACUUUUAUGUUGGCCCAUAAUUUAUGAAGCCCUGAGCAAAAGGAAGGGAAACUGAUCACUUAACUGAAUUGUCAAAUUAAAUCAGAAUAUUGUCUCUCUUUGCCCCCCUCCCAACAAACUCGCUAAAACAACAUAUUUCACUGUCUUCUCUUCCUUCUAUGGCCUGUAAAAUCUUCAUUUUGUGUCUAUAAAUACAGGUCUCCUCUUAAGAAUGCAGAUCCUCGAAUGCGUGCACAGGGCAUCCAAACGCUUUCUGAAGUCCUCCUGCAGUGCUACUCCCUCCUUCAAGAGCGGGAAGGUAGGACAUAUGGGCUCAGUCCUGACUCUUUUGCAACCAUGGAGAGUGCUGCUUCAGGAGCUGGCCUCAGCAUUCAAGGGAUCAUGCCCAAGGUAGUGAUUAGCAGCAGGAGGUUAGGCAGGCAGGAUUCAAUGACUCAGUGGUUUUUGACACGCCAUAUGCUUCUUUGCUGAGUAACUGGGGUGAACUCAGAUUUAUUGAAAGCUCUAACUUUCUGUUAGAAAGCGGUUAAAUGUUUGGAAGAGAGUGAAGAUGGAAGGCAAUGCCUUAUCAAAGCAGUAAGGAGUAAUGUAUUUUGUACUUUGAAGAGGAUUAUGGAUUUUAGGGUAACACAUAGAGGGAGGGUUUGACUUAAUGGUAUGACUCUCCUGGAAUACUGAGACUCCUGCCUGAGUUUUCCCAAAUGUGUACAGUAUAAGCUAGUUUCAGAGCCUUAGCAGUGCCCAUCACUGAGUGGCUUCACAGGAACCUCCUUACCAGGCUGUGGUCCAGAGCUAUGUGGGUAGCAUAUUCAUUGUUAACUUUCAAUAAUCAUAGUAAUAUCUGCAAUCCCAAGAACACAUGAUUAGUGGUGGUCUGAUCUAUGGUUCUGCACCACAGAAUGUCCUAUGAGAUUGGAGAUCUUAAGUGUUCAGUUACCUUGCGGUUUCCCUUUCAGAAUGUCCUCUUGCUGUUUCUUUGGUCAUAGUGUUAGGCAUUUUAUGCUUGUGUGCAACCACUUAUCAGUCGUCAGAUGAAUUUUAUAAAAUAGGUCUGAAGAGCCAAGAGUAGGGGGAGAAUGCCUGUAUUGCCAAGUGACCUCUAAUGAUUCUGCAUUUUCCUUCAUCCUUUCAAAUCUACUGAGGCUCACGUGGAUGCCAAUUUGCCCCAUGGAUAUCUCUAUUUGUGGUAGCUAAGCCCAUCUACCACCAUAGCCCUAGUUUCUGAUAAUGCUUGUCUGUUCCAGUGUCCCACCUGGUCUUGUUCUAUGAGAACCGGCUGAAAGAUCAUCACCUGGUCAUUUCUUCUGUGCUGCAGGGACUCAAAGCUCUGGUGAGAAUGGUUUCAUGGUAGUCAUUCUCGUUUGUUUAUUUAUUUCUGUGUUGCAACUUAAUAUAAAAGUGUAUGUAUGUGGUGCCCUAGAUCUUGGUUAAAACCAAAACAUCAUAACACAAUAAAAUCGGAGCAAAAUAUAUUAAAGAAACAGAAAUACAGAAUGGAUCACCUGAUACGAUUAUUACAAAAAAGCAAAUUAUUUUCAUAAGAAGCCUUGCAAAAAUAAUCAAGUGAUAGCAGUCUGUGGCAAAACUGGGGACACUCUCUAUUCGUCUGCUCAGUGGUGUAAAAUUGGGGUGCCCAAAGGAUAGCAGAUUGACAGCUCUGGUUCAUUUAACUGAGACCAGUGAAAGCUGCUACAAGACAGGCUGAUUAAGGUAGUAGGUGCUGGUGUAGAAAGAAUCUUUUCUGAAUCUACUUGGGAUUUAUAGGGAUUAGUUAACAGUGAAUUUCCUCCCUUUCUCUCUUAAUGAUUGGGUCACUGUCACACUGAUUAAAUGAUGGGCUCCUUUUGUUUGUUUCCAUUGCACUGACUGAUAAUAUGCCAUACAGGGCAGUCUGAGGCCUUAAGCAUGCUAACCAGUAGCCAUCGUUACAUCUAGAUGGGUACUGAGUUGUUACCAUUACUUUCCUUGUCUCUAGAGUAUGUGUGUGGCGUUGGCUCCAGGUCUGGCAGUGUCUGUUCUCAAGGCCAUUUUCCAGGAGGUUCAUGUCCAGGUAAGUCAGAGAAGCCCUGAUAGACUCUCUAAUUUUGCUUUUGCGUCCCACGUUCAUGCUUCAGUCUUUCUGUUCUCAUUAUUAUUAUUAAACUAGUUCCUGAAGUAUCCUGUACCUCCUGUGGUCCCUCUUGGUGGACAAUAGACAGUAGUUCUCUUGGCUAAGACCUGCUCAUCAAAAUUUUCUUUCUGUCAAGAGAAUUGAAGCACUGGGUCAUGGCAGAAGUUCUGAGAAUCAUAUCGCCUGCUCUUUGACACUGUCUAAACGAUAUUAGAAAAUCUGAGACUUGGUUUUAUGGCUGUAUUACUGAUAUUUUGUAAUGGGCCAUUGUUGUAAGUCAUCUUGGAUGGCCAUUGCCCAGAAAGGCAGGCUAGAAAUAGUUCUUUAAUAAAUAAAUAAAUAAAACUAUGAAACACAGCCUGGGGGAAUAGUGCACCAGAGUUGGAUAUAGGUUCAAAUUUAUCAUGACUUGUUAAGUUGCCUUUGGCAAGUAACUAUAUUAGCUGCCAUUCUUUACCAACUCCCCACUGCCUUUAUUAAUAACCUUAUUUGAAAGAGUAGUUGGGUGGGUGGACAAGAUGAGAUUGUGGCAACUUCUCUGAGCCUUGAGUAAUUAAAUAUAAAAGGAGUAGACACAUGUAUCCUUUGUGUGUGGUAAUGUAUGCAAAUUCUGCUGUGAAAUGCCUCUAGCUCCGGUGUGAAUAUCUUGAUUUUCACAUGGGACAUUAAGGGAAUUGGAGCUACUCUCAGCAAGACUAAAAAUAAAGGUAGAGAGGAUGUUAUGGAAGGUUCUGGCCUUCAGCUGGGUGUGUGUAAAUUUCUGACUUGCCUGCAGUAUCUUAAUUGUCUUUCUGGCAAAUUAGGCACCCAGAUCUAUGGACCAGAGUAUGAUAGCAUGAACUGGAGAGGAUCAUAACAAAAACAUAAAUCUCUAAGGCUUGGAACAGGUUCACGUAUUACUGCUUUAUUUCCCAGCUAUGCUUUUCUUAUCUUCCAGUCUUUGCUGCAAGCGGAUCGCCAUACAAUCUACAGUAUCAUUACUAACUUCAUGAGCAGCCGAGAGGCAGGUGAGAUGGAUGGCUGUGGAAGGGGCCGAGUCGGACACCCUGCUGGAAAAUCCUGGGAAUUUCCUUACCUGAUGCUUUUUCCUGCAGAACUGAAAGGUCUGGGUGCCGAUUUCACCUUCGGGUUCAUCCAGGUGAUGGAUGGAGAGAAGGACCCACGCAACCUGUUAAUAGCCUUCCAGAUUGUACGAGACAUCAUUGUGAAGGGCUAUUCAUUGGGUAUGUCCAAGUCCUUGUCAGUGUGGGGAAGCCUAUGUUGGCAGCGGUUGGUUGGUUGGUUAAACUUCUUAUCAUGCCUGCAGUGUGUGAGGAUGCAGGCUGUAUGGGGAGCUUGUUAAAGCGUGCCUAGCUUUGGAAUCAUUGAACAUAGAACCACAGGUUAUAUCUGCUGUUGAGGCCAUGGAACUCUCUCUCUCUCUCUCUCUCUCUCUCUCUCUCUCUCUCUCUCUCUCUUUGUGGCCUGUGAGAAUGGUAGCACUAAAUAGGAUGCAAAUGAAUAGUCCAUGUCCAGACUUGCGACUGACUGUUUUGGUCACCCAAAGAACUCAUAUUGCUGUCUUCACCUCUCAGGGCCCUUCGCAGAGGAGUUGUUUGAGGUGACUUCCUGCUACUUCCCCAUCGACUUUACCCCUGUGAGUGAGUAAAUCUGGUGCUUUGUCCCUCCUUCAUAAUGCUUGGAUAUGGGUGUUGGAGCAGGAUAGUUUGUGUAAUGCCUGGAACCGGGGGUGUCCAUAUGGAGAUGGGUUUAUUCAGCACAUUCAUGUCCAAAUCAUUCGAUUUUGCUUCUGUUCCAGCCCUCCAAUGAUCCUCAUGGAAUCCAGAGAGAAGACUUGAUCAUCAGCCUGCGGGCAGUGCUGACCUCCACGCCCAUUUUUGCUGAGGUAGGGCCAUUGUGUAUCAUGGCUGGUCCGUUUUCUGUGCCCUGUGGGUUCUUCCUGAGACCCUGUAGCAGAGUUGGUUCCCACCCUGAUACACCAUGUUGAGCAAUAAUACAUUGACAGUGUUGGGGUGGACACAUAAUAAUAAUAAUAAUAAUAAUAAUAAUAAUAAUAUUUAUACAUACAUACACUGCCCAGCUGGCUGAGUUUCCUCAGCCACUCUGAGCAGCUCCCAACAGAAUUAAAAGCACAAUAAAACAUCAAACAUUAAAAACUUCCCUUACUGGGGCCCAUAACGCAGCCAUUUGUAAUAGUUUAUCCUCAUCAGCAGAAGAUGUUGCUGUAGUGGUGCACAACAAUUUGGAUCCUAAAAAGCCCUCCAUGAAUAUAUAGGUGUUGGGGAAGGGAACGUUGAUUGCAGAUCUUCCCUCCCCCUUGCACCACCUCUCAUGCUGCUCUGGACAAGAUUUUUGAAGGGCAAAGCCGUUUCAAGGUGAAAAUUCCUUCUUCUCUUGAUGGGAGCAUCACAUUGUCAGAGCCUUCAUUAGGAUAAGCCAAUGCAUUUAAUCCCAGAACAAGCAUAUUGUAGAGAUAAUUUUGCCCUUAAUUUUGAGACUUCAGUCUAUUGCAGAUAUAUGAGUUGGGGAGUAAAUUUUUUUAAUACAUAUAUUUAUUAAGCUUUUUUAAAGUAUUACAAUAAAAAUGAAAAAAAUAACAAAAAUACAAAAUAAAAAUAGUUAAAAACACACAGAUUUUCCAUUGCUUGUUUUCCUUUAGCUUGUUUCCCGGACCUCCUCAUACCUCCCUUUUUCUAGUCCAGUUCAAUUUGUUGGUUCAGCAAAUCCUUACCCUCUUUAUUUAUCCUAAUCUUUAGUCUUAAAAUAGUAACGUUAAAUUUUUACCUAUUAACAACCCAUUUUUCAUAAUCCCUUAAAGCAUUACAGCUGGAAACCACUUAAUUUCUAUCCAACAUCAUUCUAACAUUCAUUAAUUUUACAAUAAUUCUGUAGAUAGUCUUUGAAUUUCUUCCAAUCUUCUUCCACCGACUCUUCUCCCUGGUCUCAGAUUCUGCCAGUCAUUUCUGCCAGUUCCAUAUAGUCCAUCAGCUUCAUCUGCCAUUCUUCCAGAGUGGGUAGAUCUUGUGUCUUCCAAUACUUUGCAAUGAGUAUUCUUGCUGCUGUUGUGGCAUACAUAAAAAAGGUUCUAUCCUUCUUUGGCACCAAUUGGCCGACUAUGCCCAGGAGAAAGGCCUCUGGUUUCUUCAAGAAGGUAUAUUUAAAUACCUAUUUCAGUUCAUUAUAUAUCAUUUCCCAGAAAGCCUUAAUCCUUGGGCACGUCCACCAAAGGUGAAAGAAUGUACCUUCAGUUUCUUUACAUUUCCAACAUUUGUUAUCGGGCAAAUGAUAAAUUUUUGCAAGCUUGACUGGGGUCAUGUACCACCUGUAUAUCAUUUUCAUAAUAUUCUCUCUUAAAGCAUUACAUGCCGUAAACUUCAUACCUGUGGUCCACAACUGUUCCCAGUCAGCAAACAUAAUGUUAUGUCCAAAAUCUUGUGCCCAUUUAAUCAUAGCAGAUUUCACCGUUUCAUCCUGAGUAUUCCAUUUCAACAGCAAGUUAUACAUCUUUGACAAAAUCUUAGUUUUGGGUUCUAACAGUUCUGUUUCUAAUUUUGAUUUUUCCACCUGGAAGCCAAUUUUCUUGUCCAAAUUAUAUGCCUCCAUUAUCUGAUAAUAAUGAAGCCAGUCUCGCACUUUAUUUUUAGUUUCUCAAAACUCUGCAGUUUCAGUCUAUCUCCAUCUUGUUCCAAAAUUUCCCAAUAUUUCGGCCAAUUGGCCUCCAUAUUGAGCCUUUUCAGAGCUUUCGCUUCCAUCGGUGACAGCCACCUUGGGGUUUUGUUUUCCAAUAAAUCCUUGUAUCUUAUCCAAACAUUAAACAAUGCUUUCCUGACAAUAUGGUUUUUAAAUGCUUUAUGCGCUUUGACCUUGUCAUACCACAGAUAUGCAUGCCAUCCAAAUACAUUGUUAAAACCUUCUAGGUCCAAAAUGUCUGUGUUUUCAAGAAGUAGCCCUUCUGUCAAGCAGACAAAAGCUGCGGAUUCAUAGUAAAGUUUAAAGUCUGGCAGGGCAAAUCCACCCCUUUCCUUUGCAUCAGUUAAUAUCUUAAAUUUUAUUCUGGGCUUCUUGCCCUGCCAGACAAAUCUAGAAAUAUCUCUCUGCCACUUCUUGAAACAAUCCAUCUUGUCCACAAUUUGCAAUGUUUGAAACAAAAACAGCAUUCUAGGCAAUACAUUCAUUUUUAUCACAGCAAUACGACCCAACAGUGAAAGCUUCAAAUUUGACCAGAUUUCUAAAUCUUCUUUCACUUCCGUCCAACAUUUUUCAUAAUUAUCUUUAAAUAAGUUCCCAUUUUUGGCUGUCAUAUUAAUCCCCAGGUAUUUCACUUUCUUAACCACAGUCAAACCUGUCUCAUUCUGAAAGCUCUCUCUUUCAAUCGGUGUUAAAUUUUUCUCUAAAACCUUAGUUUUUAACUUGUUCAGUUUAAAUCCUGCCACUUGACCAAAUUCUUGAAUUAGUUCUAAAACCCUUUUAGUACUAGAUUCUGGCUCCUGUAACGUCAAUACUAAGUCAUCUGCAAAUGCUCUCAGUUUGUACUGUUUGGCUCCGACCUGUAUGCCUUUAACCAACCGGUCCCUUCUAAUCAUAUUCAGCAGAACUUCCAGGACCGAUAUAAAAAGCAGUGGGGAGAUUGGGCACCCCUGUCGUGUCCCUUUUUCUAUCUUAAAUUCUUCCGUCACCAGAGUUGGGGAGUAAAUUUACUCUCGGUCCUUUUGCAUUUCCCAACACUGAUCUUUUAAACUGCUACUAUCACCAGACUUUGGACAGAGAGCUUGAUUUAUAGAUAUAAAUAAAUAUUUGCUUUUUUUAUUUAAAAAAGCUGGGAUUAAUGGCUCUCUGAAAUGGCCCAUAUGCUACACAAAUUGCUGCCGUGGUAGGUAUAUUUUGCCCCUCAUAGAAUUAGAAUAAAGUCAGAAAUUUAUGAAACUGCUGGAGCAAUCUUAACCCUGGCCAGGCAGCAGUGGGCAGAGCUGAAGCACCUGAGCAUCAUAUCCAAAGCCCUGCCAGGCAAAAGGUGGGGAGUGUUUUUUCCUCAUUUUUUGCUAUACUAGCUCCAGGCAGGUGCAGCUGAGAGCCUGAUGAUCCUCUCAGAGCUUUCCAGUGGCUACUGCCAGCAAAACCACCAGUGGUAGCUUCCUGCCUGCAUGAGUGAAUCUAGGCCCUCUACAAUGAUGGACACUCCCCUCUUGGCUAAGAUGAUAGCAGACUGUGCAGUAUUCUAACACAAAUACCCAGUCAUCACCAAGGUGGCGUCAGUGGGGAGUAUUGCAUUGUGCUCUUUAUAUGGGUUUUACAUUGUUUUGUGAGGCCUGCUGGUCUGAUCUUCUGAGGUAUAUUAUAACCCCAAAUUAUGCUGAGCAAAGUAUAUUGAGAUUUCCAGGAUCUUCUCUCCUUACAGUUCCUGAUCCCGUUGCUCAUUGAGAAAAUGGACUCUGACGUACAAAGUGCCAAGCUGGACUCCCUGCAAACCUUGGUAAGAGCACUGAGCAAAGGUAUCAAGGCUCCGCAGUAGGUUGCCAUGCAGCCCUCUCUGCUCCUGCAGCUUUCCUCAAAGCAAGCAUGCACUUUUCUCUUUCCCCUGCACUGGGAUUUAUGUGCCCUUCAAGCUGAUUUAAGGGGGGGCGGCGGCUCUGGUGCUGCUUCUAGGUAAUGCAGCAUCUUGACUGCAAAUUAACAGCACACCCCAGAUGACUCCUGUCUGACUCUCUCUCCCCCCCCCACCUUCCUUUCUUUUGCAGAAUGCUGCCUGCAUGAUCUAUGGGGAGAAGGAGCUGAAGGAAUUCCUACCCAGCCUUUGGUCAUCCCUGCGUAGGGAGGUGAGAGGAUCAAGGAUUCCCAAAGCGAGGUGGUUCUGGUGUCCUGUGAAAGUGCAUCCAUUACAUUGUUCCUGCUCUCUGUGUCUGGGGACUGCUUGAAACAUUAUACAGUGGUACCUCGGGUUACAUACACUUCAGGUUACAGACUCUGCUAACCCAGAAAUAUUACCUUGGGUUAAAACUUUGCGUCAGGAUGAGAACAGAAAUUGUGCAGCGGCGGCGCAGCGGCAGCAGGAGGCCCCCUUAGCUAAAGUGGUGCUUCAGGUUAAGAACAGUUUCAUGUUAAGAACGGGCCUCCAGAACAAAUUAAGUUCUUAACCCGAGGUACCACUGUAUACUGCAUUGGCCUGAAUAUAAGCCUCACUUUUUUUGUGACCGUGAAAAGUUAAAGUGUGGUUUAAAUUUACAUUUGUGACCUUCAAAAAUGGGCUUUUACGAUAUUGCUGCUGAAACAGAUAUACGGUAAAACGGAACGGGUGUGAGUGCAUGCAGAAUUUUAAGGAAGCGGCUUAUAUUUGGAUAUCCCCCCCUUCCCCCCCUUGAAUUUUAAAGGCGCGGCUUAUAUUCGGGCCAAUAGAGUAGUUUCAUUACAGUGAAUUAUCAGGCUGUUGUAAUAUUUGAUGGAUCUGUAAAGAAGCAAAUAACCCCCCUUUCCCCCCCUUCAUUAUGAUCACUGGCUGGCUCACUGGAUUACUUGCUGGAUUGCGGGAUCACUGACUGGAUUAUUUGCAGGAUUGUCUGCACUGCACUGAUUGUCUGAUUCUCCUCCUGCUCCUCAACAGGUGUUCCAGACAGCAAGCGAGAAGAUUGAAGCAGAAGGUCUGUCUGCUUUGCGUGCUCUGUCAACAUGUCUGUCCCGCUUGGUGCUCAGUUCCGAUGAUGAGGAUCUUUUAGAUUCCUUCCUUACAGGCAUUCUGCGAGGUAACCUUUGGAGCAACAUCCCUUUCCUAGCAUCUUUCCAGUCCUGUGAAAGACCUUCCAUUUCUCAUUCAUAAACUGCUGCUUGGAGGAAAUGACCACUUCCCCAAGGGGAAAAUACCUCGUCAUGCUGUUGCAGCCAUGAUUUGGCUUACAGGACUGGAGGGAAGGGGUGGGAACUGGAGCUGACUUGUGGGAAGGCAGCAAGUUCUCCACUAAGCUCUGAAACUGUUUGCAGUUUGCAAGCUGGUGGAAUUAUGUAGUGCUAUUUCUUGCUGGGAUUUCUGCAGUGACAUUGGGAGUGAUACUGUUUCUCCCAAGCGCUCUUACCUGUUUCAGAUUGCAGACACCAUCUUUGUGAGCCUGACAUGAAGCUGGUGUGGCCGAGUGCCAAACUCUUGCAGGCGGCUGCAGGGGCCUCUUUGCGAGCCUAUUACCGGAUCACAUACAGUGUACUUCCCUUGCUGGUGGAACAGUACACCAAGCAUGAGCAGGUGAGGACAAAUGGGAGCGGAAUAUGCUUGUGGUGGAGAGUAGUGAAAGGGGCUUAGGUGACUGCAAUCUCAUAUUAAGGGACGUUUAGUGGCAUAUACCUGCCCCAGGCAUACGCUUGGGCUCAAAUUCCAUGUAGGACAAUGGCCUGCAGAUCUUGUCUCUCCUUCUGUGUCUUAGUCCCUUCAACCCAUCCUCUGCCCUUUUUGAUCUCUUGUAGAGUAGCCAGCACAGGACAAUCUUGGAAGUGCUGCUUGGUUUCUUGGAGCUGCGGCAACAGUGGGGGCCUGAGGAAGACGGUGAGAUGGUUUUCCAUUCUUCUUGUUUCCUGCUAGCAAGGCUGCCCUUCUGCAGCAUCCUGGGCUUCCAAUGUUCCUGUCUUGCCCAGAGCAGUUGUUUGCAGAGAAGAGUCGCCUUAAUCUAUAGGAUUUAGCAAUGGCCUGUCUGGGAAGGGGGGCGGGCAGUGAGAUGGGUGCAGUAAUAGGGAGAAGAGAAAUGCGGAGACAACAGAAUUGAAAAACAAAGAGUUUGACAGGAUAGCUUCCCAGAAGAAAUUCUAGCCCUUGUGGUUGGUGAGAGAAGUCUUAGAAAAUGUAUGCACAAGAGUUGGGUUCCAACUACAGCACACAUUUAAAGCAGUAUCAUAUCACCUUAAACAACAGAGCCGCAAUUCCCAGAGUAGUUUAACAAGCAAUCCCUGUUCUAACAAUUCUCAGCACCCUUAACAAACUACAGUUCCCAGGAUUCUUUGGGGAAAGCCAUGACUGUUUAAAGUGGCAUGAGAGUGCUUUAAAUGCAAUGCAAUUGGGACCUCAGCCAAAUAUUCCAGAACCAAAGUUUCUUUGAGCAUGGCUUUCAGUGACCAAGUAGAAAUGCUUUUUGCAGGAUGACAUGGUGACUGCAGUUGAGUAACCUUGGUGGAUGACUGCUCUUAAUGAGCAAUCCAUCUGUGUUUUUUUCUUAUCCAGGUACCAUUGCUGACCACUCAGAAUUUUAGGAGGUUUCUCAUUCUUCACUAUCUAAAUUCUGAUCACAAUCCUCUCAGACUCCGGGUUAGAAAGUUAAAGCGCCCCUACCAGGGACCUUGUAAUUUCUAGUGAUUCGUGCCCAGGAUAGUCAGUCUCAUGACACUGCCUGUGUGCCUGUUUCCCUCCCUUGCAGACAAGAGUCCACUGCUUUGCUUCAAAGACGCCCUGUGUUCCGUGGUGUUCUCUGCACUUUCUGAGUCCAGUGUGCAACUUCAGUUGGUUGGCAUCCGGGUUCUGACCUUUCUAGGAUCACUGCAAGGUAUGUGUUGACCUGUGGGUUACUCCCAGGAGUCAUGGAGGAAUUACGGCUUGUUUAGAGAUUUUCCCCUUGGUGUGCAUUCCUUUACAGAUCCAUCUAGCGUGCACACAGACCUGUUUCCAUCAUGUGUGUGCAGCCAGACAGCUGGACUUGAAUCAGAUUAGGUACUGUCCCACCCCACCUUGCAUAACUUGGACUAUAUGGGCUGCAGGCAGCCUCUAGGAAGUGGAAUGCAAUAUAGUAAAACUGGCACUGAUAGCAGAGUGUUACUACCAGGGAAAGGAAAGGCUUUGGACUUCAGUCUCUCUUCCGUUUCAGGGCUCCUGACCCUCUCAGAUGUGGAGAUGUUUGUGGAUCACCUUACAAAGUUAAUCUUGCAUGAGGACGAUUCCCAGACCAGGUGAGGGGUGGAGACAAGGCUGGACCCUGUGGGUGCAAGGGAAACAGUAGGCAUUGUUGAACUUCCCAGAAUUGUCUUUGGGCUUAUCUCUUUCUAAAUAUUGAAAAUGUUUACAUUCUUUUAGUCCACUACCUGUAAAUGGCAAAUGACAAAGUUUCUAAUACAGUCUCAUGAAUUACUCAUUUCUUCAUCCAAAAUUCUGCUUCUGUUUGGUGUUGUCUUACAGUGAUCUGUUAAGGUUUGCAUGUGUUUUAAUUAAGAAAAGGGCUUUACUAAUACUGCUUUUAUGAUCUUUGUUCAAGCUUAAGUUUUGUACUAAAACAUCCUUUGGUUUAUCAUGCUUUGUUCUAAUGUGUGAAUAGAGCUCAUAUCCUCAUUCUCUUAGCACAGAUUCAUUUCAGUCUGAACCCAAUAGUGUAGUUAAACAUUCUUCCAUAAAAAUGUCCCUCAUAGUGUAAUAUUCUUUAAAUCCUUUUUUUAAAAAAAAUAAUGUCUAGCUUGGUAACAUCCUGUUGCUUGUUUUAAGAUUUCAAGUGCUGUAUCUUUUCCUCUGGCCUUCCUGCAUUUCCUAUUCAGUGCGCAGUGCAUCCAAACCUGCGAGUCACAGGACAGUUCCCAAACAAAUCCAGUGAUACCUUUUCAUAGUUUCUAUAGUGAUGUGAGAAUUCCACCCUCUUCUGAUAAGUUCUUAGAUGAACCCGGGCGGAGUGAGCUUAACAAAACCUGGGCAGUCUGCAUCGCUGUCUAAGCUGUGUUCUUGUCCAAAGAGCUCUUGUAAUCAAGGGAACAUUUUUAUAAAAUGUAGUGCACACACAGCUCAAUAUUACAAUUAUAAAAUUAGAUUACCACGGAAAGAACUGUGAGUUGCUUUACGGUAUUGAGUGAUCAACAAGUUCAUCCAUCCUUGCACACUCCUUUAUCCCUGCAGCAUGGUAGCUAUGGAGGCGGCCGGACGCCUGGCUCCCCUCUAUCCACAAGCCUUCAGCAAGUGCUUGGUUCAGAAGUUCUCAGAAGGGCUGCAAUCAGGUACAGCAUGCAAGUUGGGCGGGUUGUGGGGAAGUGGGUGUCCUCUCUUAUGCUGCCUUUACUAAGCAUUUGUGCAGAAGUUCACAGUGUCUGUACCUGAGUGCUAGCUGCAUUGUAGUCAGAGGGGCUUUGACUUGCAGGGGGCUUUGACUUGAAUCUGCGUGGUCUCUGUGCCUUGAGGAACAUGAGUAAGGCCAAAUGGGCAGACAGAUAGGUUAGCUCCAGGUCCAAGAAUCAACCAUUCCCAAAUCCAUGUUCAUGUGGAGGGGUAGAGGUUGGUACCUCCAUGGCCCUGUCCCUAGGGACAAAUUCAUUGACUGGCUGUUGUGUUCUGUGUGCUGUUUCAGAGCUUCAGGAGGACAGCAAUCCAUCCCAGCAGGAACGUCGCCUGCAGGCUCUAGCAGCUGUGUCCACGCACCCUAGUAUAGUGAGGGAAACAGUUCCAGUCCUCCUGCAGCACUUCCAGCAGAGUCAGCAAGGUAGUGUAAGAAUUGUAUGUGAUAAACUAUCGAAGCGGGGAACCUAGUCCAGUGCUUGGGACAGCAGUAACAAAAGGGCUCAGCAUCUGUGUGUCAUUAAUAGGAUGUGUAAGAUUGGGAAGGGUUGGAGCUCAGUAGUAGAGCAUCUGCUAAACAUGGAGAAGGCCUCAGGUUCAAUCCCUGCCAUCUUCAGAAAAGACUGGGUAGCUCAGUUGGUUAAAGUGUGGUGCUGAUAAUGGCAAGGUUGCAGGUUCGAUCCCUGUAUGGGACAGCUGCGUAUUCCAGCAUUGCAGGGGGUUGAACUAGAUGAUCCCCAGGGUCCCUUCCAACCCUACAAUUUAUAUUUCCAUGACUUCCUGUCUGAAACACUGAAGAGCCACUGCCAGUCAGUGAAGACAGCUCUGAGUUAGGUGGACCCAGGGGCCUGACUCCUUGUAAGGCAGAGCUUCCUUGUUUCUAUGGAAGGGGUUAGUAGAGAGCUGUUUGUACACUGAGCCUUGGUAACCUUUAGGAGCCUACAAUCCCAUAAUUCUGUCAUUAGUGGGAGAAGUACAGCUUGUUGGAAGCCUAGGACCAUCGGUCUUUGACUGUUUUGGCCCAUAACCUAUUUCUGACACAAUCUGAUGCCUUUAAAUGGCCCUGGUGAUAAUGUAUUAGUAAUUUUUUUAAAAAGAAAAACACCUUAGAACUGGUAGUCUCCACCCUGAAUGCUCUUUUGAUUUUUUUUUUUUUUGCAGAGAGUAUACCUGCAGAUACCCACUCUGUGGUGUCUGUGUGCCAGAGUCUGCAGCAGGUAGCAUUCCAGUGCCAGCAAGAUGCUCAGAGUUACUGGUACUUCCACCAGGCUGUGGUGCCCUGCUUGGUGGGCUUAGCAGUCAAGGCUGCAAUGCAAGGUAAGGUGGGGAGAUGAGCACAGACCCUGUGCUCCCCAAACCAGGCCAGCACCCAUAGCUCAGGUGCGGUUCUGUAUACUUUCGAACCUUGAGAGAAAGGGAGGGACCUUUCCCUUGUGCUGGGCUGGCCUUUACCCACUUGGGGCCAAUCUCAGUGUCCCUGUCAGGUGUCCAUUAUGCAGGUGGCAAACUGAAAGGCAGCUGAUGGGAUUCCAGGAACUGUCUCCAUCCCCUCACAUUUAUUCCCCCCCCCCCUUUUCAUGACUAUUUUCAGAGAAUUCCCAUACAUUGCCAAGCAGUGUGCUGCUGAAGGAAGAAGCCUUAUCAGCCAUGGUAUCGGUCAUCAGCAGUGCGUGUACGCACUUAAGACCAGAGUGAGUAGCAGCUGCUGUCAUCCUGUGAUCUCUGUCCCUGCAGAGUGACAAGUAGGGAGGCACAAUCUUUGUGCUUUUGAAUAAGGUCAGGUUCUAGCAUGACGCUGCGAACAGAAGUGCAGGCAAUCUCCCCUUCCCCUCCUUGGUGUUUUUAUACUACUGUCAGAUGUCAAGGAAAUGAAACAACUAUCUUGACUUUUAGAAGACAUCUGAAGGAGGCCCUUUAUAGGGAAGUUUUUAAUGUUUGAUGUUUUAAUUUGUUGGAAGCUGCCCAGAGUGGCUGGGGCAACGCAGUCAGAUGAGCAGCAUAUAAAUAAUGAAUUGUUAUAUUAUUAUGUGCUGUAAACCAGUGUUCUUGUUUCUUCUUCCUGGCAGGCAGGCUGCCCAGAGUGUCUCCAAAGUGGUUCCCCUCUUCUUGGAUGGAGAGCUUUCCUUCCAACCUGGAAUCACCUUUCCCAGCACUUUCCAGCCCUUCCAGGUAUCUUGUACGAGUGAGGCGCUGCUGCUGCUGCUGCUACGUUUGGGGAAAUGUGGCCAGAGACUUUGGUAGUGGAAACAAUAUUUCUUUUCCUUUACAGGAUGGGCAGUGUCUGAUGGCAGCCCAGAGAAGGCUUGUUGCUCUCCUCAUGGCCUUUGUCUGCUCCCUGCCAAGGAAUGUGAGUCCUGGGGAAGAUUUGGGGGCGGGGGGAGGUUGCCUCAUGGCUGAGAGAAUGGAUCUACCCAUCCUGCCUUGUGUGCCUGAUCCCUAGGCAAGUGAUGCUGGGAACCGGCAGCUUGAAGCUCUGCUGUUGCCUCCAUGCCUCCCCACGCUCUGGCUUCCUUUCAGGUUCCAAUUCCUCAGCAAGACCGCCUGCUACGUGAACUGCUAGCCCUGAGCUGCUCCUGUGACUGCCCUUUCACUGCCACAGCUGCUGCCAAAUGCUUUGCAGGACUGGUUAACAAGCACCCAGCAGGUAACCAGUAGAGUAAUAGCUUGUGUCUGUCCUAGGACUAAAGGGCUGGGGAUGUUGUUCAGAGGCUCGUGAAACCUCAGAGCUGGGCUGUGUUAAGUGAUGCCCUGCUUGACUGAUGCAAGAAGUUGCCCGGAACAACAGCCAGUCUCUUUACCCUUUCCAGGGCCUCAAUUAGAUGAGCUGUUGGAGCUGGCCAUGAACAAGUUGGAGCAUGGCCUGAAUGAGGGUCCUCAUCAAAGCCAAGCCCUCACUCUGCUGCUGUGGGUGAGUUUCCGCCAUCCGCCAUCCCUCCCGUCUCUGCCAGAAACAGAGCUCAGUAUUCCUUUCUUUUUGCCCUGCAGGUGAGCAAGGCUUUGUUGCUACGCUACCACCCGCUAACCACACACCUGACGGACAAGGUGAGCUUCUGGGAAAGGCCUGGGACCCUCAGGGAGGCCACUGUGCCCUUACCACAUUCAAUGGCUCCUGUCUUUUACCCUACAGCUCCUCGUGCUUUUGGGGGACACGGUCCUUGGCCCUGCGGUGGGUGAUGGCCUUGCCUUGCUCAUGGCCGACUCCCCAGAUGUGCUGGGCAAGAGCUGCCACGCUGAGGUGCGCCUCAUGUUCCGCCAGCGCUUCUUCACAGAGUGUGUGCCGCAGUUGGUGCAGGGUUUCCACACAGCGGCUCCUGGUAAGAAUUUCCUCUGUCCCAUUCCUUACGGAAAGCAUCUGAAUUAACAGGAGGAGCACAGUUGGAAUAAUGGUCAAAUUGAAAUGAGGACGCUACUGCAGCAUUUUAGCAUUUUUUUUGUCUGCAGAAAUUGUGGACUCCUUGCAUGACCUGCCUUUUGUAGCCCUCUUUGGAUAGUAGGAGCUUCUGAACCCUCGACAACAAGAGGAGCAGUCCGAGCCUCUCGCCUUUUUCUUCCUCUUCCCGGACCCCUCGGAGUUUCUGGAGAUGAUUUUGGGUAGGAGAGCUCAGAACUGUGAGCUCGCCUGCCCUGCCUGUUACAUGGGACAAACAAAUGGCUUUUCUUUACUGGCAAGAGGUGGUCUUCACUGUAGGUCGGAUGAGUCUCCUUGGAGCCACAGGAUUAAGCCUUGCCCUUCUGUUCUUCCUAGAUGUGAAGGCGAAUUACCUGAAAGGCCUGUCUCACAUACUGAACCACCUGCCCAAACCAGUGCUAGUGACAGAGCUGCCUACGGUGAGUGUGCCCUAAGAACUCUUGGGAAUUAUUUUGUGGGUGGGGCGUAUUAUGGAGAAGAAUGAUGCCCCCCUCUUUCAGAUAGGAUAGCUCAGUUGGUUAGAGCAUGGUGCUGAUGAUGCCAAGGUUGCAGGCUCAACCCUUGUGUGGGACAGCUGCUUUGCAGGGAGUUGGACUAAAUGAUCCUUAGGGUCACUUUCAACUCUAUAAUUCUGUUGAUUUCAUGACUCUACCCUCUUAUCCCCCAGUUGCUACCUCUCCUGCUGGAAGCUCUGUCCUGUCCUGACCUUGCGGUGCAGCUCUCAACUUUGCACUGCCUACAGCCCCUGUUGCUCGAGGCGCCACACGUCAUGAGCCUGCACGUUGACACACUCGUGGGCAAAUUUAUCAGCUUGACAGACAACCCUGCUAUGGUGAGUACUGGGUAGCCUCUUUAUGCAGCUGGGUACUCCCGGUUUCCUCCUGGAUGGUCAGCAGAAGACUAAAUGUACCGUUUAUAUUGCAGGCAAUCCGCAUUGCUGCGCUACAGUGCCUCCAUGCACUUGCCUCCCUCCCCACUCCAGUGGUAAGUAAUGGAUCUGCCUGAUAGCUUGCCAGAUGCUCCAACAUUUGCCUUACUUGUGCCAAGAUCUACUUGUCUCCUGUUGCUAGCACAAACCGGUAUUAAGACCUCCAUGGGAACUGUGGGAACCUCAUUGAUGGUGGCUUCUGCUUGCUACCAGGUGAUACCUUACAAGCCACGAGUGAUUCGAGCCCUGGCCAAACCCUUGGAUGACAAGAAGCGGCUGGUGCGGAAGGAAGCUGUGGCAGCACGAGGAGAAUGGUGAGCAGGACUCUUUCUCUUGGGGGAAAGCGUAGAAAAAAACAGUACCAACUUACCGUAUUUUUCGCUCCAUAGGGUGCACCGGACCAUAGGGCGCACCUAGUUUUUAGGGGGGAAAUAAAGGGGGGGAAAUUAUUCCCCCCCCCAGCCCCAAAGAGCAAAGAAGCUAAGACAGACAGCGGGAUCCAUCCUGCUGGCUGUCUUGGCUUCCUCUUUAGCCACGCACAACCUCUCCAGGCUGCACGCGGCUUUGGCAGAAGCCAAGACAGCAAGCGUUUUUAGCCGUGGGGCUGGGGCAGGGGAAGCCCAAGCUUCCCCCGACUCCAGCCCCCAGAACGGGAGCGGGGGCGAGGUUGCGCACAACCUCGCCUUCGCUCCCAGAGCUUGCUGCUAUCCGAAAGACUUCUGAGCCUGGCGGGUCCGAAGGCUUGCGGAUAGCUGCCCAAAUCCCGGGGUGCGUGGCGCUCCCCGGCUUCGGGCUGCAGGCUGCUAUCUGCAAGCCUUGGGAGCCCAGCGGGAACUCCCGCGGGCUCCGAAGGCUUGCGGAUAGCUUCCUGAAGCCUGGAGAACAAGAGGGGUCAGUGCGCACCGACCCCUCUCACUCUCCAGGCUUCAGCGAAAGCCUGCAUUCACUCCAUAGGACGCACACACAUUUCCCCUUCAUUUUUGGAGUGGGAAAAGUGCGUCCUAUAGAACGAAAAAUACGGUAAAUACACUGUAGUUGCUCGACUUGGCUGUCCUUGAGACUCACUGUAAUUAAAUUGGAGGUAGGUUAACAUAUCCUUGUACAGAUGUGAUGAAGCCAUUUUGAUUGAGCGUAGAGGUUUGGAUUAAUAACUUGGGUUCUGAUUAAGCAAUCAGGAUGAAAAAAAAGUAUAAGGAAGACUUGAAAAGAAAUGUAGAAUAUCUGAAUUAUUGUAAACACAUUCAAAUAUUAACAGUAAUAGAAUAAAUUCAGCAGUAAGAAAUAUUUUGAUAUAAAACUGGGAAAACGAGAAGGGGGGGGUGGAUAGAAUAUGUAGCAUAAAAGAGUUAAUAAAAUGAACCAGGGAGGGGAGGAGGGGGAAGGGAAGUCAAGGAUAUUUGGAUGUAAAGUUGUGUUUAAAUUUGUAAAAAAAAUGAAAAUGGUAAUUAAUUAUUUAUAAAUACAUUUUUAAAAGGGUUCAUUUUGUUCAUGCUUUGCUGCUUCUAAAGCCUGCUGUGGUGGUCUUUUUCUUCAGGUUUCUGCUUGGGACACCUGCCAGGUGAAGGUUCACACUGCAAAUCCUGACUGACAAUCUCACCUGCCCCCACUCACCUGGUAAGCUGUCGGCCUUGAUGUCCUGGGGCCUAGAUUUCCAUGCAGAGCAGCAAGGCUCUGGGCAGAAGAGGACUUUUUUGUGGACUGCCCUUUCCUAAUCACAACAUCAGCGUUCAGUAGGAAGGAACAGCCGGCCCCUGUUCCUGCUGCAGCGCGGUAGGGAGUGGAGGUGGCAGGACCCCCAUAUAUUAUGUAUGUAUGGGGCCAGAAGAAUAAAAACUUGUUUGCUAACAGCCUCUGGCAAAAGUGCUUCUUGUGGGGAAGUAGUAGAAAUAAGGGUCUUGCCUUCACCUUCUAUUAAGUCCAGCUUCCCCACCUUCCUGCCAUAAUGGUGUCUGCGUACAGAGAGGUUUUUCAUAUGCUAAUAGAACUAAAGCCUACUGCAUGAACUUAGCACCUCUCAUGCAAAGAUCAAACAGUGAAUUACUUUAAUACAGAAUAUUUCUGAAUACAAGUUGCAAGAGCUGAGCCUAGGUGUCUAGGAACGUUCUGUCUGAUGUGAUACCUGCUGGAGAAAUCUAGCAAACUAGCAUAGGAAGAUACUGACUGAUCUGCUAUGCCUUUUUCUGUAAGUGCAGGCUGCUGGUUGUUUACUUUCUUGAUUAUCAGCCACUGGUAUUAAAUUGGUGAAGCUGCAGCUGCCUUUGGCUGUAAAAUGAGUUCAGAAAUCUACCUGAGCCCCUGUGUGGCAUUCUGCAAUGAGGUGGUAGUUUGCUUGUUUGGAAAGUGUUCUACAAAUAAAGUUUUUAAAGAGUGCCACUACUGCCCAUCUGAAAUUUAUACAUGGCAUUAAAGGUUACAGCUCCCUAGUUCCUCUGCUGUGUCUUUCCAGUGACAACCCUCAUUAAUGACCAUAGUAGAACUGCAUUUGAAAAUCGAUGAAAGUACGUGACUGGCCAUGACAUAGAACGUUGUACGUGCUGGGAAACAGCUGAGCCUCAGUAGUAGAGAGUCCAUGCUUUACCCUUCCUAGGUGUAAGACUUCUGCUGGCAAGGUGCCUACUCUUGAAUAGCGUUUCUCAAACUUGGGUCCCCAGCUGUUGUUGGACUACAACUCCCAUCAUCCCUAGGUAGCAGGAUCAGUGGUCAGGGGCGAUGGGAAUUGUAGUCCACCAACAGUUGGGAUCCAGGUUUGAGAAACACUGGUCUAGCCAUUGACCACACCUUAACUUGAAUUAAUGGUGGGGCCUGGGGCUGUGCUGAAGGCCUAAUUACUCUUAUGAAGUAGAUGGUUGCAAAGAAAGCAGUGCUUAAUGGCAUAUGUCCCAUGGCUAUUAUAAUGGAACCCCUCAACAUACACUUCUCAGGGCUGCUUUUCAUACAUGCUCCAUAGCUGAGUUUCAGGUAGUCAAACAAAACCAGUCCUGCAUAGCACCCCACCCCCUUUAAUCCUACUAUGUACCACUAGCUCUGGACUACUCAUAAAUUAUUUGUACAAACAUGGAAGGGCAGAACACUGAGAGGUAGUGUCAGCUUCUCAUGUUGCUGCUUUGAAAGGGCUACAGAAAUCUGCAGUUUGGUGAGAGGUCAACAGAGUGGAAAAUAGACAGUGGUACAUAUACAAGAGUAGGGACAAUCUGUGGCUUUUGAAAGAUAUUUUUAGACCUCAACCCAAGGCCUUACACCUAAUGGCCGGGACCAACAAAAUCUCUUAAGACCUACAACUAUCUGUAAAAGCAGCACUGCCUGGAUCUGUUCUGAAAAGACAGUUGUGAGCUACAAGGAGAUCAAUCAGUUUCUUAAGAUAUUGCCAGCAUUGUGCCUUCUCUUCUGAUAAAGAGGAACAGAUGCCACACCAUAUUAAAAUGAUUUUUAUUUUUGUUUAAAAAAUCCCUGCCUAUGUAGUGGAAGAGUAACAAGACCCUGGCAUACCAGCCAGGGUCCUGAGGUGGGGCAGGGGGCAUAUUGCGCCUUCCUCCACUACCAGGAAUACCAAGACUUCAUCCUACAUAGGCUGGAUUAUGUGGGCAAGACAUUGCUGUCUCACUACAGCUGCCUGCAGCUGGGGGGGGGGGCUCUUCCACCUUCAUCCUAAAACUGCUGGAGCAGUUUGCUGCAGCUGGUGCAAUUGUGGCAUGUGACGUCACCAGCACCUCGGGGAACUGUGCUGUCCAUUAUGCUGCCCCUUGAAAGCAGCCUGUGGUUUCCCGUCUUCCGGCAGCUGGUCAACUCUGCCCUUUAUCAAACUCAAAUUGUCAAGAGAGGAGUCUUCUGUUCCACAAUGCAGGGUGGUGUGUCCCAACUCAGGCCAGAUCCAUAGGGUGUGUGUGUGGAGGGUAGUAGAACUCGGGUGACCCAGUGCCUAGAAAAGAGAACACCUUUCAAUGAAUAAAUGGAACACAGGAAGACAUUUACAGGCUUGCUAGUAUAUUCCACCCAAGCAUUUUCCAGAUUACAGAGGACCUAGAGGGCUACAGCAUUACUGUGGAAUGCAAAAUAAGCAGCUUCAGCUGUGCUAAUAGUACCUUGCUUCGUCAAGAUCCAGCCAAUCCCAGCCACCCUAUUAUCCAUAAGACAGGGCAGAUGUAGAGUAUACCAGUUGCACAUUUCCCGUUCUCACCUCUGUGUCUCCACACCCAGGAAAACCUUCCAAUUUCCCAAAGGACCAUAGUUGUAUGGGUUUUGGAAGACCUAGAGCCAAUGGAAAAGUAGCAUGAAAUUAUAUUCUGCUAGGUGGUUCUAGCAUAUUUAUUCAUUCUUCCAUUCUGCAUAGCAACCCCUCUUGGGAAAAUCUGGCUAUGGUCAAACUUCAGAAUUAUUCAAAUGGUCAAAAAUAACUGCGACAGAACUAUACCCUUUUUUAAAAAAGUCUCCCUGUUUAUGUAGCUGAGUUCUAUAUAAUGUAUUAAAAUUAAUUC